AUGGUUAUGCUGAUAGAAGAAGGACUCCUUACGGCGCUCAUAUGGAGAAGGCAAGACCAUCCUAAUGAAGCUGAAACGAGACCUCUGUCUCUUUUUGAAGUCGGCCUUCUAUCUUGGGGAUGCCUGACGAAGAGGGAAGUUUUGUUUCUCCCUUGAAGGCUUUCCUGUCACUGCAGAUGGGCUAAAUGGGGUUUGCCUCUCACAUGUUUUCUUCUUUUGAGACCAUUAGAACAUAUCUCAGAUGGUUGUUUCUGCCCUAGGAAGCUGAUUUCUUGGGCAGGUGGUUUAAUUCGGAAAUCCAAAAGGGCAGUUUUCCUCAUUCAAACUCGAGGCAUAUAG